CAGGGGGGGUGCAGUUAGGUGUGUACUCCUCUGCUACAGUCAGUGGGUUAAGUGAUGAGUUCUUCGCCUAAAGCAGAGUUAAACCCCACAAACGCGCGCGCGCUCACACACACACACACUCACUCACACACACUCAGCAUAGCGCCCUCCGCCACCAUGUCCCUGGUGCUGAAGCAGGUCUUCAACAAGGACCGGACGUUUCGGCCCAAGCGGAAGUUUGAGCCAGGAACGCAGCGCUUCGAGCUGCACAAGAAGGCGCAGGCGUCACUCAACGCCGGGCUGGACCUGAAGCAGGCGGUGCAGCUGCCGCACGGCGAGGGCCUCCACGACUGGGUGGCCGUGCACGUGGUGCACUUCUUCAACCGCAUCAACCUGAUCUACGGCAUCAUCAGCGACUCCUGCACCGAGCAGAGCUGCCCCGUGAUGUCCGGCGGGCCCAAGUACGAGUACCACUGGCAGGACGACGGCAAGUACACCGCCCUGCCCGCGCCCAAGUACAUGAGCCUGCUGAUGGACUGGAUCGAGGUGCAGAUGAACAACGAGGACAUCUUCCCCACCAACGUCGGUACUCCUUUCCCCAAGACCUUCAUGCAGGUGGCCAAAAAGAUCCUGUCACGCCUCUUCCGCGUGUUCGCGCACGUCUACAUCCACCACUUCGACCGUGUGUCCCAGAUGGGGGCGGAGGCGCACGUCAACACCUGCUACAAGCACUUCUACUACUUCGUCACGGAGUUCAACCUCAUGAACCACAAACAGCUGAAGCCUCUGUCACGAGGAACGACCGAAUUUCGCCAAGGUGGAGGAGAGGAUGCGGGCCUACUACUACUCCACCUCCAAGAAGCCGCCCCCGGAGGAGAAGCCCGGAGCCGCCGCUGCCUCUGCAGACCCGCUCGGGGUCUAGAUCACGCCUCCUCAGUUCUCGGGGCGGGCUCUUUAGCGCCCUCUACGGGCGCCUCUGUGAAUAACUGUAUCUCAACCCUCCUCCCUCCCCCCCCCCCCCCCCCCCCCCCGGUCCUGGUGGGUUGCAGGAUCUGCUGGUUUGUCGCUAUCCCCUUAAAAUCGGCAGUUGGCCUCGGCCAAACGAAGCAGGUGAGGUCAGCUGACUGUGCAGCAGCCACUUUUAAUCGUUUGGUUACGGGUUACGAGUCUUAAAAAAAAGAAAAAAGAAACUAAAAAAAAAAAUGUUUUCCCCGCCAUAGGCAUAGAUAUAGAUUUCAGGGGGGACGCAGGGUACACGUCCCCCUCAAUAUUUAGAACACGUGCAUUUGCCCCCCCCCCCCCCCCAAUAAAAUCAUGAAAGAAGCAGAGGACUUUUAUUUCCACCAUAAAUUGAAGCAGAAAAGACACAAAUUGGUGCAUAAAAAUUCACCAGAAUGCAGGAAAUGAAGUGUUUGACGCUCAACAUUUCCUGGGUGGUGGAGGAGGGUGGACCCCAGACCCCAGACCCCAGACCCCCCGCUUAACGUGUCCCCCCAGAUGAUGUUCAAACGAAACCUACACCACUGUUCCCCGCAACCCAUCGAGAUUUCGGCUGAGAUCCACUCGAUGUGCUAAAUCAAAAUCAGUCGCGACAAAACCACAUAACAAACUUGCGAGGCAGAGACGAUGGCCGUGUCGCAGCGCAGCCACCUGUCUCAAACGGCCGCUGAAGCUUGUGUGCUGCCAGUGUUACUGUUUCUGUUUUGAAUGGUCCUUCUCUGCAAACUUUUUAUAUAAGAGAAAUCUUCUGGUAGGCUACAAGGGGGUUUAAAAGUUUAAACGUCUCUUCAAAGUUUUCACGUGAGAAGCAUAAUGCAGCUUUAUCGUAAAAAUGUUAUGAUUCUGGUAGGAUGCCAAGUAGGCUAUAUAAUUUUAAUAUUUUGAAGGUAUUUUUGCUUGGUCUUCAAUAGAAAUAUAGUCUAUCGUGUCUUAAAAGGUAGUCAGCGCACCUUUUUAAAAAUGUUAUGCUCCUUCAGAUAUUUUAAAAUAGUUUGAGGUACACCUAGGCUGAGUCCUGAAACCUGAACUUGUUUUAACAACCAUACUCCAUGUAGCAGGGUUUUGGCUGGUUUAAUAGAUACAUGGAUAUUCAGUUCAGCAUGAGAAGCACCCUGAGCCAAAAUCUUCCUGCUUUUUGUGUCUUAUAUUUGUUUUUUUCUCAUGCAGAUAUAUAUUUAAUUGCCUUUCUGAAAUAAAAACUAUGUGCGCAUCAUGAAUCAAACUAUUACAACUACUGAUGUAUUAACCUAUUACUUUUCAACUGCUAUGAAAACAGUUUUUUGUUUGAGUUCAUUUGAACUUGUAUCAUUUUUUUGAAAUUUUAAUAAAAGUAUUUCCAUUAAUUUCAA